GGUGUCUGGAGAAGACACAUAAAACUAUCCAGAAUCCCCUGUGAGAGCUGGCCCCAUACAGUAACCAGUGCCUGUAUACUGAUAAUAAUGUCCCCGGAGAGGGGCUGUAAUACCCCAUCCUGUGUGUCUGUGCCCGCCCCGGCCUUUCCCUGGGUUACAGUGACCGUGUGACUGUGAGCUGGCACGCUGAGGGCAGCUAUGUGUACUGGCAGGGCAGCGCUGCCGCCAUGAUUUAUUGCUGGCAGUGCAGCUAGGUGGAGCCGGAUUGUUGUGGAGAUCAGAAAGCUGAGAAAGAUGAAUGUUAUAGAUCAUGUCCGGGACAUGGCUGCGGCCGGCCUGCACUCUAAUGUCCGGUUACUGAGCAGUCUCUUACUGACCAUGAGUAACAACAACCCGUGAGUAUCAGCUAGGACACUGCAUGGGCCAUGAUAGAGAGAGAGAGAGAGAGAGAGACUGCAUGGGCCAUGAUAGAGAGAGAGAGAGACUGCAUGGGACAUGAUAGAGAGAGAGAGAGAGAGAGACUGCAUGGGCCAUGAUAGAGAGAGAGAGACUGCAUGGGCCAUGAUAGAUAGAGAGAGAGAGAGAGACUGCAUGGGCCAUGAUAGAGAGAGAGAGACUGCAUGGGCCAUGAUAGAUAGAGAGAGAGAGAGAGACUGCAUGGGACAUGAGAGAGAGAGAGAGAGAGACUGCAUGGGACAUGAGAGAGAGAGAGAGAGAGGCCGGCUACCAUGAGAGAGAGAGACUCGACCGUACGGGCCAUGAGAGAGAGAGACCGCAUGGGCCAUGAUAGAGAGAGAGAGAGACUGACUGCAUGGACAUGAGAGAGAGACUGACUGCGCGGACACAGCGAGAGAGACCGCGGGACAUGAGAGAGAGAGACUGCGUGGACAUGAGAGAGAGACUGCAUGGGACAUGAGAGAGAGAGACCGGCAUGGACAUGAGAGGAGAGAGAGAGAGACUGCAUGGCCAUGAGAGAGAGAGAGAGAGAGAGAGAGACCGUAUGGGCCAUGAUAGAUAGAUAGAGAGAGAGACUGCAUGGGCCAGAGAGAGAGAGAGAGAGAGAGACCAAUCAGCAUGGACAUGAGAGAGAGAGACCGACCGGGCAAAGGGGACAUGAGAGAGAGAGAGACUGCAUGGGACAUGAGAGAGAGAGACUGCAUGGGCCAUGAGAGAGAGAGAGACCGCAUGGGCCAUGAGAGAGAGAGAGAGAGAGAGAGAGACUGCAUGGGCCAUGAUAGAUGGAUAGAGAGAGAGAGACUGCAUGGGCCAUGAUAGAUAGAGAGAGAGACAGACUGCAUGGGCCAUGAUAGAGAGAGAGAGACUGCAUGGGCCAUGAUAGAGAGACUGCAUGGGCCAUGAGAGAGAGAGAGAGACUGCAUGGGCCAUGAGAGAGAGAGAGAGAGACUGCAUGGGCCAUGAGAGAGAGAGAGAGAGACUGCAUGGGCCAAGGAGAGAGAGAGAGAGAGAGAGAGAGACCGCAUGGGCCAUGAGAGAGAGAGAGAGAGAGAGAGAGAGAGACUGCAUGGGCCAUGAGAGAGAGAGAGAGAGACUGCAUGUGGGCCAUGAGAGAGAGAGAGAGAGAGACCGUACGGGCCAUGAGAGAGAGAGAGAGAGACUGCAUGGGCCAUGAGAGAGAGAGAGACCGUAAUACCAUGAGAGAGAGAGAGACUGCAUGGGCCAUGAGAGAGAGAGAGAGAGAGAGAGACCGGCAUGAGAGAGAGAGAUUGCACGGGCCAUGAUAGAUAGAGACUGACUGCAUGGGCCAUGAGAGAGAGAUAGAGAUAGAGAGACCGGAUCGCAUGGGCCAUGAGAGAGAGAGACUGAUCACGGGCCAUGAGAGAGAGAGACUGACUGCAUGGGCCAUGAGAGAGAGAGAGACUGACUGCAUGGGCCAUGAGAGAGAGAGAGAGACUGCAUGGGCCAUGAGAGAGAGAGAGAGACUGCAUGGGCCAUGAGAGAGAGAGAGACUGCAUGAGAGAGAGACUGACUGCAUGGGCCAUGAUAGAGAGAGAGAGAGACUGCAUGGGCCAUGAGAGAGAGAGAGAGAGAGAGACUGCAUGGGCCAUGAGAGAGAGAGAAAGAGAGAGACAGACUGCAUGGGCCAUGAGAGAGAGAGAGAGCACAUAGUAAUAAGUGGAGCAUGUCCACUUAUUAGAUGCAAUGAAAAUAGAAAAACUAGCUCUCUCCUUUGUCAAUUAAGUAUAUUACUGUAUUGUAUGUGUAUAUAUUUUGGAUAGGUUUGAUCAUCCAACAGUCAUGUGAGAUGUUAUGGUGUUAAUGUUUAUUCUCAUGAAGGGUUAUCUAACUCUGAUUCUCCAAAAUGUUGUUGAAUUACUAUAAAAUUAUCUGCCCAUCCCAUUGCAUUCAUAGAUUUGUAAAACAACCUUGUUCUUGUAGUUUGAGGGUUGGCUUGCAAUAUUUAGGCUGAAAUAAACAAGUUUAUUCCCAACUCUACUCUUUUCACUUUAUUUAUUUUUUAAACUCUAGUUGGAGGGUGGCAAACAGUAGAUCCUUCACAACAUAGAACUGCAACUUCUGUAACAUGCAUUUUUCAUCCAAAAACCCUUCUCAGUCGCCUCUUUCCCACCACCACUUCCGCCCUUAUAGCCUCUCGGUCCUCCGUAGAGAGCGGUCAAUGUGCAGCUACCGUGUGUGUAGGAAUUCUGUAACAUGCAUGCGCUGUGGUUGCUAUGGAAACUCCCUAGCCAGAGCUUCUAACACUGACUAGGGAGCAUAGGAACAGAAUGAUAUCACAGCGUGCCAAUGUCACUGGCGAGAUUUGCCCUGAUUGGGAUGUGUCCCAAGCAGGGCAAAUCAAAGAAGACUUCGGGAGGAGCGCGGACAGAGCAGAGGACGGCUAGAAGGCGGUGGAUGUUACACAAAGCGUAACACCCACAGAGCGGCGCUGGAACAGAGAAAAGGCGAGUAAAUAUUUAUAGUUUACAUUGAAAACGCCAUGUAUGGUUUUGAUAUAUGGUGUAUUCAAUGUAUAUGGGAGCAAUUUUAGGUAAGUUUAAAACUGGUUCACUUUUUAAGUUGAACAAAAAAAGUAAUUGACUCUUACUUUGUGGUUCAAACUAUUAACUUGUAGGUGUUGAUUUAGCUUGCUUCCAUUAAUAAUCUUGUUUUCAUCUUUUCUCAGGGAAAUGUUUUCACCGUCCCAAAAGUACCAGUUGCUGGUGUAUCAUGCAGAUUCCCUGUUUCAUGACAAGGAAUAUAGAAAUGCUGUGAGCAAGUACACCAUGGCUCUCCAGCAGAAAAAAUCUUUAACCAAAACUUCUAAAGUUAGACCGUCUACUGGAAACACCACAACAACUCCACAAAAUCAGGUAGCCAUUCAACCAUUUUGAAUAGAAAACAGCCUGUCUUUUCCCUUAAUGUAUUUUUUAUCACAAUUAUCAUCAUGUAUUUAUAGAGUACCAACAAAUGUGUUUAAAAAAGACACUCCAUUCACAGGUAAAAUGACAACUUAUAGAACUCCCACUUUACUUUUAUAGUACUCUACUUUUCUUUUUAAAUUUUUAUUGAGGCAUUAAAUUUUAAAGUUUUUUUCGAGGCAUAUACCAUUACAGUACGAGACUAUAUCCUUUUGAGGUUGGUCAGAGGAUCGGGGUGACAGGUGCUGCUUAACACGGACAGUCCUCCGCCCUGGUGGCUGAUGCAGUAUAUACAAGCCCCAUGUGGUCGCCUAGGUGAGUGAGGAACAGGAUACAUGGGUUUUCCCUGAAGCUUUUCACCGGGAGUAGGCCCCUUUGUCUCUGGUUGCUUGUCUCCCAAGGCUCUGCACUCUUGUUCGGCUUUGGUAGUUGCCAUACGUUGCUGGAGUGUGAGCCAGAAGCGUUGGAAAUGGCGGUCGGGCCGCAGUUGAAACUCUGCAACAGCGUCGCUGGGAGCUUUCUGGAGGAAACUAAUGCCACAUGAGUCUGUGAGAGAAACGACUGCCAUGUUGUGGGUUUGCACACAGUUUACUGUUGCUCACAUGGUGUGAUAGGUAUUUGGAAGUCAGAUCUGUCAGCACUGAGAGAACUGGGAUAUCCCGGGGGAGGGAGUGCAAUGCGCCCAAGUGUAGGGCUAGGGCACAAGGAGAUCGGGUGCUUGUCCUCAGUCCAGGUCCCAGUAGGCCACAACAGGAUCCUCGGACACUCGGUGGUAAAAAUGUUCAAGAAAGGUAUGAGACCGCUUACCCAGGCUCCCCUGCUUGUGCAUAUAUCAAUGACAAAGCAAAUAAUCCCCAGAAUCUUGUUCAAAAAGCCAAUUUUCAGCAAGAAAUGCAGGAACUCAAGCUACACACGACUGAUCAGCUUAGUGGUCAGGCUCUGCCCCAUCUACUUUUAUAUCUUUUUUUUUUUUCACUAUCUAUGUCUAUCUCUCACUCUAUUUAUUUUUAAAAUAAUAGGUGAGAAGAGUCCAGUUAUUCGAGGGUUCGACUCUCUCUAAGCAGGUCGCACGAUUAAAGUGAGGAUACGUGAUAUUUGGCCAAAAAAGUAGUUACACCUGUUUAUUAUUGAUUUAAAAAAAAAUUUAAAUUCUGUGUACCUAACCUUUUAUAUAAAGUAUUUGGCAGUAUGUAUCAGUGUUUGCAUUUGGAGGCAUGGACGAUGGCUAUUAUUUGUAUGUUCCAUUUUAUAACGCAACAAUUGUGUGAUGUGAUAAAAUUGUAUACAAUGUAUUGAAUGUGCUAUGGUUUGUGUCUCACUACUUUGCUACAUAAUAUUGCAUCUGUUAAAGCAAAAAUAAAAGAAUAAAAAGGACACUCCAGGAUGUCCCAUUUUUUUUGAAGUGUAUUAAAAAUAACAAAAUUAAAAAUAAACAUCUGAAGUUCUCCCUUUUUACUCAAUAUUCCCAGCAUUCCAUUUCCCUUAACAAAAUUUGCCCAGAUUUUUAGCUAGCUGAUACUUGCCCACAAAUUCUAGAUUUUUCCCAUUGUUUUAAAAGUAGGUGCUGGUCUUACUCUAGCAGCAUGUUAAUGGUGAUACUUGUAUUCUGCUGCAUUUUGGAAGAUUGCAGUCAAUUUAUAAUAAUAAAUCUACAAAAAAAAAAUGUUUUUGGAAUUUUUUUUACAUUUUUAAUCAUUACACAAAAGUAAGUGGAGUCUGACUAGUGGUGGGGAAAAAAAAUAACACCUCAUGAAACGUGGGUUACUACAGCUGGAAUUUAUAGAAUAUAUAUAUAUAGUUAAGUAGUUAGCAACAUUUUCAUUCAUUAUAAAAUUAUAUAGCGAUAUAAAUGGAUGGAUGUGUGUUUAUUAUUAUUAUUGCCAUUUAUAUAGUGCCAACAGAUUCCGUAGCGCUUUACAAUAUUGUUUAGCAUGUUCUCCUCUACAUUAAACCAAUGACUGUAUUAUACCAAAAACCAGACUACACUAAAAUGCUAAAUGAACAGUACAUCGUUGGGAAUAUGGUGAGGGUUUAAAAAAAACAAAAAAAAAACAUAUUUACUUGCCUUGUAUCCUGCAGCUUGCUGGUCUCUGUGCUGCCACUCUGCCUCUCCGUUUGAGAUCAUCAAUCUUGACAAUCUCAGCCAAUCCAAUGAUUCGUCUCCCCAUGUUAAUGCAUUGAAGCAAUGCAUCUCUAUGGGGAGAGUUCAGCGUCUCCAUGUAGAUCAUGGCGAUGCUGAACAUCAGUCCUGCAAUCUUUGACUAUACUCACUAGAAUAAUUACAUUAAGCUGUAGUUGUUGUGGUGACUAUAGUGUCUCUUUAAGAACAAAGUAUUACAUUUCUAUAAGAAGCGGAUAACUUUUUUGGUUCCUAUAGAACGGGGGUUCCCAAUUAAUUUUUUCCUGUGGAACCCUUUGACAUACUGUAUCAACAUGCUUGUAUGUGCCUGUGUGUGUGUCUGACACACAGAUACACACAGUGUGUGUAUCUGUGUUUGUAUGCGUCAAUGUGUGUGUGUAUCUGGCACACACCUUGACACUCAGAUGCACACUGACACACACAUCUUGACUCACAAAUAUACACACACAGUGACAUAUACACUCACUGGCACAUACACACACUGACACACUUAGAUACACACAGUGACACGUACACAAAUCUUUACACACUCAGACACACACACAUACUCUUUGACAGACACACAUACAAACACAUAUACACUCUAUAUCUGACAAGAACAGAUAUAUUCUCACAGACAAACACAUUCAUUCUCACUGACAAGCACACAUAUACUCUUUGACAGACAUACAAACACGUACCAACUCCCUAACACACAUAUACAUUUUUUAUUUUUAUUUUUUUUUACAUGUUACUCCACCCAGCCCCCCUACCUUUAGAAGUACUGGCAUGGGGUCCAGUGGGGCUGCUGGUGUACUGAUCUGUGGAGGAGUAGCAGGAGUGCUAGCACGCAUGUGCAGCACAGGAUCCAGCUGAUUUCCCUCACUGGAAGUGACGAGUGUAAGGGAUUUUUACGGGGUAGGGAAUUUUAAUCGAACACCGGCUCCAGCAUCACUGCUGUGCGAGGGAGCUGAGCAGGGAGAUCACUGCUCCCUCACCGCCCGCUGUCAUUUUAUUUUUUUUUACUUUUGGCGGAACCCUAAUUAGUGUUCUGCGGAACCCCAGGGUUCCGUAGAACACCAAUUGAGAAACGCUGCUGUAGAAAAUACUAUAAGGAUAAGAACCCACCCUCACUCAAUUAGACUUGGCUUAAAUAGUAAUUUCCAAGGAUAAGCUGUUUGUGCAACCGACUAGCUAUGUCAAUAUUGCGAAGUGUAGCUUUAUUUAAAUUAAAUGAACAUGACAGAAAUGUAUGCACAAAACUGCCACUGUUGAAGGAAUGCUAGAGUGCACAUUUACACGUAUGGCUAUGGCAUUAUUGUACAGAUACUUGUGGCUCAACAUGGUUUGUUUUUUGUUUGUUUUCCCACUCUAUUCAAUCGUAUUUACUGUGGUAAGGGUACAAGUAACUGUCAUUUCCAGUGCAAUCCGUCAUAUGAGACGUAAACUAUAAAAUAAAAUAAAUAUACGUAUCAACACAUCAAGGUGUUUAAGCCGCAGCCAGAUUUAAUAGAACAGAAAAGAGCAGCAAUGUUUCGACCUGCUAUGAGGUCUUUGUCAAGCUUUAAGCAAUGUUUCGACCUGCUAAGAGGUCUUUGUCAAGCUUGACAAAGACCUCUUAGCAGGUCGAAACGUUGCUGCUCUUUUCUGUUCUGUUAAAACUGGCUGCGACUUAAACAGCUUGAGAGCCUGGAGAUUUAUCUUUUUUGCCUUAUUGUUGUGGGAUUGCUGGCCCUGCUCCGGAGCACCGGGUGACUGCUGGGAUUGAGUGUGGCUCCUAUCUUCAUUGUUGCAGCAUAGUCAAAAUAUAAACCAUAAAAACCGAAGUGAAUGGCAAUGAAUCAAAAAUAAAUAUAAAAUUAAAAAUACAGAAACUGUUUCAGUCAACACCAGUUACCUAUCAGUCCCAAGUGACAAGUUAAUUGCUUAACUGCAAUGUGAAAAAUAAUACGUUGAGUAACAAUAUUGGUAUGAAGACAGUGUCCAGUAAAUAGAUGUAAUGUGGUACGCAGACCCCUGGAUGAAUCAUACAGUGGUCUCUAGGAUUAAGCUGCUGAAUUUAUAUAGCACUACAAUAAAACACUGUUUAGUACAUCAUCCCCUUUUCUAAAUGAAAUCCAGACCAUAUGUAUUGGUCAAUGCAUAGACUGCAUGUAUAGUGAAUCUUAGAGAGAAAAAAAGAACAAAUUCACAGAGCUAAAACAAUAAUUUAAUAAAUGUAAAAGAGAUUAAAAACACUCAGAAGACCGUGAAUUGGGAAUUGCUUUUUGGGGAACCCGGCCCCUAGAAAGUGCCAGUCACUCCCAGUUUACCUCCACAUGCCGGUUUGAGGAGGAGAAGUGGGCAAUUCUUAAUGUGAUAAUCCAGGAAGUAACCAGGCACAGCAGUGUGUAGUGUUGCAAUGUCAAUAUGAAUCCCACUGAGGCUCGGACUGGUCUGUGUAUUGUUGGAUUGCUUCCAACUCUGUUGCUUCCUUUCAAAUGUCCCGCCUAAUGGGUUCUGUAAACACAGGUUCAUUUCAUCAGUGGCUGACAUUGUAUCACAGGCAUGGAACUUGUAUACCCCAUAGUCCAUUCAUUAAUGUGGCAGAUAUAUCCUUACUUGAAAUUAAACAUUAACACCUCAGACAUUCUAAUAUCAAUGACUUAAAACUUUGUAAUACAACAUCAGAAUAUUACAAAAUAUAGAUAAAAUAACUAAAAUGGUACAAUAUGAAUGGUGUCAUUAAUUUAAUUUUUUUUUUUUAUAUAAAAUUAGGACGAAAAGGAGGUGGGGGGAGGAAAGAGGGACACAACUUUAGAAUAUAAGAAUGAAUAGAGAAAUAUGUUAAAAAAAAAAAAUUAAAAAAAAUUGGAAGGCAUUAAACAAUUUAACUUUAAACGGGCAUUUUACCCCACUCCCUCUAGCAUGUAAGCUUAUUGAGUAGGGCCCUCAACCCCUCUGUUCCAGUGUGUCCAACUUGUCUGGUUAUAACUACAUGUCUGUUCGUCCACCCAUUGUAAAGCGCUGCGGAAUUUGACGGCGCUCUAUAAAUAUCAUAAUAAUAAUAAUAAAUGUCUGCUACAUAUACCAUACAGAUGAAAUGGUUGGCAUUCCUGCUCAAGGUUAUAUGGGAAAGCGUGCAGUAGAGUGGUCCAUUGUUACAGGUUAUUUAGAGCUUGUUACACCAAGACUGUAUUUUGUAAUGUGCAAUAUAUAUUGCAUUUCUUUUCUUGGUUUUUAGUUUUUGCCUUCAGAAAUUGAAGUAAAAUACAAGAUGGCUGAGUGUUACACCAUGUUGAAGCAGGACAAGGAUGCUAUAGCCAUUUUGGAUGGAAUUCCUUCACGCCAAAGAACACCGAAGGUAACAGAACUAUACAAAUCAUUUUUAAAUCUAUUUUAGGGUCGAUCAUUUUUGUUUCUUGGUAAAUUAUAUGCUUUUACUUUCUAUUAUUUGUAGAUUAAUAUGAUGUUGGCUAAUUUGUACAAGAAAGCAGGACAGGAACGUUCAGCUGUGACAAGCUACAAGGAGGUGCUGAGACAGUGCCCAUUAGCACUUGAUGCUAUCAUAGGUACAACUUCAAUGUAAUAUAUGGAUUUAAAGUACAUAUGUCCAACAAAACCUCUUUUUUAUUAGAUUUUUUUUUUUCUUCUUUUCAAUUCUGUCCUGGUUAAUAUUUCCUUUUUUUUUAUUUAUUUUUUAUUUUUUAUUUUUUUAAAUGUCUAAUAGAAGAGUGGAAGGCUGCUCUGUAUCUACAAAUAUUCUAUAAUAAUUUUUACUACUUAAAUCUAUGGUUAUGCUCUCGGGAUGUGUUUGUGCAUAUAAAAUGUGAACUUUUCCAAAUUGUAUUUUGGAGUUUGUAUGAAUAAAUCACUGCUGGUGCACUAUAAGCAUUAUGCCUAAAGGCUCCAUGGUUGCCCAGAGGGUUGGAUAAUAGUAAUGGUCUGUGCAUUGGUGCUACCUGCACCAUACUACUCAUUGCAGAUCCCAUGUAAGAAGUCAAACUGUUCUAAAAUGUUUGACUCCUCGCAUUUCGAAGAUGCCAAGGCACUCCUGACACCAUAACAACUACAGUGUGCUGUAAUGGUGAUGAUUCUUAGGGUUUUUCUUUAAACUGUCUUAUCUAGUGCUGCUCCACUUCCUCCUUUGCAGCCACCCAAUCUUCUGAAAUCAUUGGUAAUUAUCUCGGGCUAAUUCAGUGCUUAUCAUAAAGCAGCAUUGUAAUUGUCACUCUCUGACAUUUGGAUACUUCUCAUAGAGAAGCAUUGAAUCCAAUGCCUCUUUGUGAAAAACAUUUGCAGGGAAUUUUUAACACUAUAGGGUCAGGAAUUCAUUUGUGUUCUGAUUCUAUAGUGUUCCUUUAAUGUAGGGGUUUUGGUGCAGUGUGCUGCUUUUAAGUAUAUUUAUUAGAAUAUCUGUGCCAUGAUAUGGGGAACAUACUAACCACAUUCUGAUAAAUGGAAGGAAAGGCUUGGUUGGAAGAUCACACUGUACUAUUGACCAGCAGUACACCUGCAUUCAGCUUCUAGUUAAAGUGUUCUCCACUGUGCAUGCUCCCUGCAGACAAUAUUUCCAGAUCUCAUUCAAAUGGGAAAACACUGUGCAUAGAGCUGUAUGCUCGAUGCAAUGAGACUUGACAAACUUGGGGCCAGUAAGAAACCUUAGGAUCCACCUACACAUGUACAUGUUUUAUGAGCCAAUCAAAGGUUUGUACAUAGAUUAUUGCAGAAUAAACUACAGUUUAUGAGCCACUGUAAAAUUCUAGGAUACCAUACCUCUAGUUUCAUCCAUCAUCGAACAUUAACAUUCACGUUAUAGGCCAGCUAUUUAUUUUGUUAUGAAUGAACAUUUUUUUGCUUCGAUUCCUCUGGAGGAUAUAAAUAGAUGUAAUUCUUGUUGUUUUGGCAGAAUUCCGUUUCACUGCAGGACCCUAAUGCCUGCUUCUCAGCAAGUAUGCUUCAAUCGACAUUUAACAAAAGUUUUAUAAUUGACAUUUGGUGAUCAGUAUUAUUCUCUCCACAUAAAGUUGUUUAUGGUGUGAAAUAAUUGAAAACAAAAUGGAUAAAAUUCUGUUUUUUUUUCCCACCUAAUUUGCAAAGAAGCUGUGCUAUUCUUUUAUUUCAAACGUGGAAUCAGCAGCCUGCCAUGAUUUGCUGUACACUGUGGGCAUCAAAAUAAAAUGUAUUUUUAGUCUGUAAAAUAUAAGUUGGAUGUAGAGCUGGAAUCUCUGUGGGAUAUUGUGUACUGGGAUAAAAGGGUGUAAUUGGGGUAAAAAGAACAUGAGAAACCAAAUAAGAAAGGAUUCACUUAAAGGGAAACAAAUGGUCUUUUUUUCUCGACUUAACACCAUGGAAUGCAAAAUGUAUUAAAUUCUUUUUUUUUUUUUUUAUCCAUUUUCUUUUAACAUUAUAUUAAAGUAUUUUGCAGAUUACCUAUUAAUCCAGUUCAGACCAUGGUAAACAGGGCCGGCCUUAGGCAAUUAGGCGCCCUGUGCAAAAAGUCUUCACGGCGCCCCCCCCACCUCCCACCAAGUUGCCUGAAUACAGUAACACACACAGGCACCGGGGACGUGUGUAUCACGAGGCAAACAAGGCAUCUGCCUUGGGCGCCACUUUGCAGGGGGCGGCAAAAAAAAGCAUCCCUCCAAACCCCCAGGCAGAUCCCUUGCUUGCCUCGCAUCCUGGGGGGCUCAAGAGCUGACCGGCUGGCCACUUUUGAGCCCCCCCAAGGCUGGCAGCGGGCAGCGAAGGAGCAUACUCACCUGAGCUCUUCCUGCUCAGCUUCCUCUGCGCCGCUUAAUGAAGCCGGGAGCCAGAAUAUGACGUCAGUCCGGCUCCCGGCAUCACUAAGCGCUGCUUACUCAGCCUGUGCGCCCCCUGCCUGCCUGCCCAGCAGCCACACUGGACUGCUGGUAAGAAAUCCACUCCAGCUUUCCCAGGGAGGCUGGGUGGAUUUAAAAUAAAUGUAAAAAAUAUUAGUUUGUGAGUGUUAGUGGAAAUGUCUGUGUGUGUGUCUGUGAGUGUUUAUUUUGAAGUGAAUGUGUGUGUGUGUGUGUGUGUGUAAGUGUGUAAUUGUGUGUGUCUGUAAGUGUGUAAUUGUGUGUGUCUGUAAGUGAAUGUGUGUGUGUCUGUGAGUGAAUGUGUGUGUUGGUCAGUGAGUGUAUAUGUGUCAGUCAGUGAGUGUGUAUGUGUCAGUCAGUGAUGUGUCGUCAUGUGUAUGUGUCGUCAGUGAGUGUGUAUGUGUCGUCAGUGAGUGUGUGUCGGUCAGUGAGUGUGUAGGUCAGUGAGUGUGUAGGUCAGUGAGUGUGUAUGUGUCGGUCAGUGAGUGUGUGUCGGUCAGUGAGUGUGUGUCAGUCAGUGUGUAUGUGUCGGUCAGUGGAGUCGUGCAUCUUUCAGUGAGUGCUUGCGUCUGUCAGUGAGAGUGUGCAUCUGUCAGUGUGUGUCCAAGUAAUAGUGUAUGUGUGUAUGUCAUUGUUUGUCAGUGUAUAUGAGAGUGUGUGUCUGUCAGUGAGUGUGCGUCUGUCAGUGAGUGAGCGUCUGUCAGUCAAAGUGCGGCCUUGACAGGAAGGGGUGGGGGAAAUUUAAACUCGGUUACAGGCAUGUACACACACACUCAGUUAAAGGCAGUCACACAUACAGGCACAGGCACAAACAAUGGCACAGCUACAGCGACACACACAGACAGACAGUCACAUAGGCAGUCACACACACAGACAGACACACAGUAACACACACAUAGACAGUUAUGCACACACAGGCAGGCAGUCACACAGAUAGAAAGUCACACACACAGGCAGGCAGUCACACACAGACAGAUAGUUACAGACAGACACACACAGGCAGGCAGGCAGUCACACACACAGGCAGUCACACACACAGACAGACAGUCACACACACAGACAGUCACACAGACAGACAGUCUCACACACACAGGCAGUCACACACACAGACAGUCACACAGACAGACAGUCACACAGACAGACAGUCACAUACAUGGGCAGUCACACAGACAGACAGUCACACACACAGACAGUCACACACAGGCAGGCAGUCACACACAGAGACAGUCACACACACACACACACACAAGGACAGGCAGUCACACAGACAGUCACACACAGACAGUCACACGCACACAGGCAGGCAGUCACACAGACAGACAGUCACACACACACACAGACAGACAGUCACACAAACAGGCAAACAGUCACACACACACACUUACCUCUUUCCAGUGGAUGCAGUUGGCUGAUGGGGAAGCAUCUUUCCCUCUUCCUGUACAGCAGGGGCUUCGGGAGGUAUUAGCCCCGUCUCCGCCUCUCGAUAAGCCCCGCCUCCGCCGCUCGGUAAACCCCGCCCCCUCUGCCGCGAUUUUUUUUUUUUUUAAAUAGACCCGGGUGGAGAAUAAUUAAUCCUCCAGCCAGGUCCCUUUUUUAGCUCCCCUGCACUCCGGCCAUGAGUGAGCUGUGUUGGCCACAGGGCGCCCCCUGUUCCAUGGCGCCCUGUGCGGUCGCACAGCUCGCACACCCCUAAGGCCGGCCCUGAUGGUAAAUAUAUAGAGCCAAAAACAAUCACCCUUGCACAUAAAACAAGGAGAUGAAAGACCCUUAUUUAGACAGUGGUAACAGCUUCCUCCAGGGAUAUCCCAGCAAUAAUCCCUCCAAUAUAGUGGUAACAGCUUCCUAUACCUAUACAAAACCAUGGUAAACAUUGCAAAUGAAAAGAAUUAGAGACAUUGUUAUACUUUCUGAAAGCCAGGAGUAAAGAAUAGAGUUUAUAACGACUGAUAGGGAGCUGAGAUAGCUUAUUUGGUAAUUUAAUUUUUAUUUAUCAUACCUCUCAAAUACACAUUUGUUAAAUAUACAUAUAAGUAAGUAUAAUUGCCAAUAGAGUUGUCACUCUUCUGGAAACAGUGGGGCCCUGCGGACCCCUACGACCGGGUGCCCGCAGCCAUGUGUUGUGGUAUAACCGCAGGGGCCGCACAUUAAGGGGCCCAUCGGGUGGCACAUGCUGUUGGGGCCACCCGAUAGCUAUGGAUUUCCAGGGGGCCUGGUCAGCGUGACCGGGCCCCCUUUGAUGACAUCACAGCUGGGAGGACGUGACUGUCCCGUCACUCCUCCCAGCUUAAUGCAGGAGGAAGAGAGGAGGGAGUCAGAGUGGGAACUCUAACUCCCAUCAGGCUGAGCCACCGCUGGACCCCAGGGAAGUCACCCUCCUGCAUGUAAAAGGUAGGAAACAGAAGGGUGACUAAAAUAUUUUGUAUAUCUGUUUGUAUCUAGGUGUGUGUAUGUGUGUGUGUGUAUAUGUGUUUGUAUGUAUGUGUGUUUGUACAGUGGCAUACGUACAGGGGUCGCAGCUGCGACCGGGCCCAUCACUGCCGGGGGGAUGCGUUUUCACACCGGGCCCCAUGUAUCAUGUGUAUGCCACUGUCUGAAAAUUAAAAAAAUUGAAGAUGCUUUGGCCUUUCGGUCAUGUGAUGCUCGGUUUUCUUUUAAAAUGUAUAUUAAAUAGUUGGCAAGUAACCUCACAGCUAAGACAAACAAUGGAAAUGAGGAGAGCAGAAGCAUUGUUUCUGUUUCUGUUUAUCCUCUUUCGUUUAGUGUUUAGAGGCAUAAAAGAGCAACAUUUAUACUGAUGAUUGACAGGAAGUGAAGAUGGAGACGCUCGUGGCAGGAUACAUUUUCUUGUUUUCCAGACAACACAAACACAUAUUUGCUAAACAUAAGGGAUAAAUAAACAGAAUAUUAGAAAUCCUGGAUGUUUCAGUUUCCGUUCAAAGAAAAGCGGAGUAUUUGGUCCUAGCAGCUGGUAUUUAAUUUUUUUACUUCUUAUUGUAACAUGAUUGCAGUGUAAUCCAAUAGUGAGAGAAACAAGCACUCUAAAGUACUUAAAUCGGAGGCAUUCAGUGUCACCAUUUUUAUGUGCUGAGAGUAGAUCAAGUAGAUUUAAGCCUCUCGCUCAAUUUUCUUGUGCGGAAGAACUAAUGUGCUUUUAAUUUUUGGUUUUCCUGUUAGAUAAUGUCAGAAUAUGAUGAAGUCUUUGUCUUUGUUUCUUUUCAGGCUUAUUGUCGCUGUCUGUGAAAGGUGCAGAAGUGGCAUCCAUGACCCUCAAUGUCAUUCAGAGCAUUCCCAACCUGGAUUGGCUUUCUGCAUGGAUCAAAGCAUAUGCUUUCGUACACACUGGAGAUAACACAAGGGCUAUUAACACCAUCUGGUAAGGAGAAUCCCCUGACAAAUUAUACAUGGUACUCAAAGAUUCCCACCGUAACAUUUAGAUUGCAAGCACCCUGUUGAUGUAGUUUGUGUAAAAGUGCUGUAAAUGAUAGGCCUAUGCUCACGACAGGGACCUCUUUUUCCUUUUGCACUAUCCGUAUAUGCACAUAUCUGCCCCCUCUCCCAUGUUGAUGCUUUAUAAAUACAGUUCGUAAAGCUAACUGUUCAGAAAUUAGCAACAUAUUGAGCUUUUGCCCUGGUCAUGAUAUGAUUAUUUCACUUAUCUCAUUGGUGAGUAUAGUCUGUCAUUGCAGGCAUCGUCAUUCAAACACCCCCUUUUCAUAGGGAAUGCAGUGUUUACAUUAAAGCCUAAUUAUUUCACUUAGCUCAUUGGUGAGUAUAGUCUGUCAUUGCAGGCAUCGUCAUUCAAACACCCCCUUUUCAUAGGGAAUGCAGUGUUUACAUUAAAGCCUAAGAACACCUCCAGUGGCCACUUCCCAAAUGGCCACGGGAGGUGCUUCCGGGGGCAAUGCUGCACAGCGUCUCCAUGUUCUGCAUGGAGAUGCUGAACUUUCCUUGUAGAGAUGCAUUGAUUUAAUGCAUCUCUAUGAGGAGAUGCUGAUUGGCCUGGCAGACGUUUGUCCCCCUAUAGUAUUCCUUUAAGGUCAGGAAUUAGGCCUAGUGUAAUUUUAUUAUUACCACUGGUUGAAGCAAGCACAUAUUAGUCCAGUCCAAGCCAAACGCUCACAAUAGGUUGUUUAGUGUAUUGAAUCUGUAUAACAUAUUCUGUUCCAAUUUUAGAAUGAGUUACUGAGCCAAUUCUAUUUUAAUUUUGGGCAUCAAUGUAAUAACUUGCAUAUAAUUGUAUCCCUGUCAAAAAAAGUAAAUCACUGUGCUAGCCAAAUAAUUACACACUCUAACCACUACACCCUUUUGCAAUCUUUUUAUUAAAUUAUGACAGGGCCUUUUUAUUUUUUUAUUUUUGCUAUACAGAUCCCACAAUGCUUUGUCACACGAGGAUUUGCCAUCUGUUCAUUUUUGCAUGGUUGUGUUUGUGCAGUGUCUGUGUAUGUAGAAGUAAGUGUGUGGUUUUGUUAGUAUGACAUUUGUGUGAAUACAAGUGUCUGAGAGUAGUGAUUAAGUUUGAAUGCAGGAGUGUUCUCAUAGACCCAAUAAAUACUUAUACAUACAUGCACACUGUCACACACACAGAUACAAACUCGCCCACUGUAAGAAAGGAAUGAAGGAAGAAAGGACAUAUUUUGGCCACCCUCCUGUAUUCACUCUGUUUGGUUGCGAGAGGGUGGGUAUACACAAAGCUACACCCACCUUGUAUGAUACAGUACUAAACGGUUUUCCAAUAUCCUAAAAGUAGACAUACGAUUCUUUCUUCUUUUACAGCUGUAUGAUGUAUGUUUUUAUAUUUUAUUAUUUUGUAUUGUCUAUUACACAUUUCUCUGCAGUAUAUCCAUGCAUUUGCUCACAAUUUCACUGACACAAUGUAUGAGUUAAAUUUGUAUGCCUUAAAUCGUUUUGUGGAUGAGAGUUUCACUGUAAUGCAAUAAUCAUUCUUCCCAGUUCUCUAGAAAAGAAAUCUUUACUUAGGGACAAUGUUGAUCUUCUUGGGAGCUUGGCAGAUCUCUAUUUCAGAGUGGGCGAUAAUAAAAAUGCUAUCCUGAAAUUUGAACAGGCUCAGAUGCUGGACCCAUAUCUCAUCAAAGGUAAGCCAGUUUAGCACACAAUUUUGAAUUCUCUUCAUUAAACCUCAAAUUUUACUAAUAGAAUCUAUUUCUGUAAUUUCCGUUUCCACUAUCCACUCUACUGCUGAACUCCAUUAAAUGACACUAGACACAACAACUUUAGCUUGAUGAAACUGUUUGGCUUUAGAGAUCAUGCUCAUGCAGCCUUACUGCUCAAUUACCUGCCAUUUAGGAGUUCAACUUCUUUUGUUUCUGUUUAUGCAGCCCUAACUAUACCUUCCCUAAAUGUGACUCUGCAUAAAAAAUGGUUUCAUUGUGAAUCAGAUGUUAACUUAGUUUAGAAGAUUUUACCUCCUGUACUGUAAAAUAAACUUGGAAAAACACUCUGGUGGCUCCUGCACUGUCUAGAAUUCUAUUAAACAAGCAGGAGAUAAGAUAUUAUUCUAAAUUAAACAGAACAUGCUAGAAGGAAGUUUAAACAUUGGAUCUCUCUUUACAGGAAGUGUUUAGGAAGUCUGCAAGUCACGUAUUGGGAAGUUUGACUAGGGCGGCAUAAACAGAAACAAAAGUGGUUUAACGCCUAAAUGGCAGUAAGACUGCAGGGUCAUGAUCUAUACACCAAAACUGCUGCAUUAAGCUAAAGUUGUUUUGGUUCUUAUAGCAUCCCUUGAACUGCAGCUGUGCUUUAUUAUUCACAGUAGAUAUUGUAUAGAACUUGUUAGGUUCACAGUAAUCCAGAUAUCUGCCAAAUUCAUCCAGAUUCACGUUUGUGAAUACACACAACUAAAACCAGGUGAAAGUGAACACUGAGAACAGAACCCACUUAGGUCUAUUUGUAUAUCACAAAUGCAAAAAUGGCACAGUAGGUGACUACAAUAGCUCAAACACCCGUGUGGUAUCCCCUAUACCAACACAAAAAAUACAUACAAUACAAACACAAUGGAUGGAGCAAUAUUAGUUCUCUCCUCUUCUCCAAUAUAUUGUUGCGGAGAUAGAGAGAUAUACAAAAUAGUGUAGAUUGUUUACAAUAUAUAUUAAAGUGCAAUAGGUGCAAGGAAACACUCACAAAAUCAGAGCCAAGGAACCUGGCUCUGGUAUAGAUGGCUUCUGGAUCUAUUGUGGGGUGAUCCUUAACCCUUCUGUAGCUGGUAUGGUCUCCAAUAAGUAGAAGAGGAUCCAGAGGAUGGGAUAGAAAAAAAACUACUUUAUUGUAAAAAUAUAUACAUAAAAUAUUAAUUAAAAUAUAGAAGAAUAAAAUGUAAGUAAUAAAUGGUAAGCCAAUACGCGUUUCGCCAAUUGUGGCUUCCUCAGUCAGCUUUCAAUGAUUUGUCCAGUUAAUGUCCUUAUAUAAGUCCUUAUUAUCUUGUAUUUCGCGGUAAAACUCUGCUGUGGAACGCAUACGUGCGUUCUCCAUUUGCAUCCGUUUCCUCCCUUCCGGCCUCGCCGAUAUUGUGACGUCGCUUCCGGAUUCUGACGUCACUUCCGGGUUUUCCUCCGAGUGGAACGCACGGUGCGUUCCACUCCUUCUGUUACCUUCGGUUCACAUAGUGAGGCACCUCAGUGGGACGCAAAUAUGCGUUCCAAACCUCUUUCCAAUCUCCCUCCACAUUACAAUGUUUCAAACAUCUUCUGUUCGUAUGGUAGGGCGCUUAGGUGGAACGCAGACAUGCGUUCCAACCUCUUCCUCUUCUCCCUCCACACCAUAAAAUCUCAUAUACAUAGGGACAAGGGCAUAAUAAAUUAUAUAAAAACAUAGUAAAUUCAUAUAUCAAUUCAUCCUCUUGACAUAUUAAUUCUGCUAGAAUACAACCAUAUAAUUAAACACCCAGUUCUUAAAGUGACCAUGCUCAUUUCAUAAAUACAGUGCAUAUAAAAAACAGUAAAUUUUAAAAAGAGUGAAUUUAAAAAGACAGUGAAUGUUUCAUGAAGUGACCAUGCAAAUGUUGCCAUAGUGAAUAUACAGGUGAUAAAAUAAAUAUAAUAAUUGGAUAUCUUACUAAUAUUCUAUAUAAAACAUACUUUUGAUUUCAUUAUGUAAAAUAAAAGUGGAAAGUUAUGUCCUUAUUCUUUCCUCCUUUCAUAUUAUAAUAUCCUAAUAUAUAUUAAAACUAUCAAUCAAUUUAUAAGAAAUGACAUAACUCAAAAUCUUGGUUGAGUCCAUAUGGAAUUAAUGUCUUUAAAUUGUAGAUGCACUUCAUCUCCUCUUCUCCAAUCUUUUUAUUAAAAUCACCCCCCCUCCAAUCUCUAUGUAUUGCUUUUAUUGCACAAAAGGACAUAUUUUUUGGAUCUUUGUUGUGAUAUAAAUUAAAAUGAUUGGAAACACUAUGCGUCUCCAAUCCUUUUUUUAUAUUUCUAAUAUGUUCAAUCCUUAUGUGUACAUUUCUAAUUGUUCUUCCUACAUAUAUGAGGUCACAGGGACAUUUUAAAAUAUAAAUAACAUUUUUGGAAAAACAUGUUAGCUGAUUUCUUAUCAUAAAUGUUUUAUCUUUUUGAUACUGAAAGGAGGUAACGUGUCUUUUCUUUUGGUUAGUUUCCCUGCAAGCUAAGCAGGAACCGCAUCCAUAGAAACCUUUGUUUUUAUUUAAAAAAUGUUCAUUAUGUUUGGUAGUGUUUGCUAUUUGUAUAUCAGACUGAUCUCAUCCAAAAGGGCAGUCCAAGGCCUUAAUACUGGCAAGAUUUGUAGAAAGAGACGGGUGUUUUGUUUUUACCCUUGCCUGACUUUAAUUUUCCUGUUGUUAGGAAUGGAUAUUUAUGGAUAUUUGCUGGCCAGAGAAGGGCGGCUGGAGGAUGUAGAGAAUCUUGGUUGCCGAUUGUUCAAUAUAUCUGAUCAACAUGCAGAGCCAUGGGUGGUGUCAGGGUGAGGACUAUAUUAACAAAUGUUUUUAGGAUAUCAUUUGCUUUCACUUGUGGAGUUAUUUAAAAAGAUAGGGCUCUAUUAUGCUUUUUCAAUCUGUUAGGGCUAUUUAAAAUCUUCUUCACAAAAUAAAGGGAUUUAGUAGUACGGGCAUGUUGUCUUUAAUGUCACCCAAUGUUUAGAUGCUAACCUACAUGUUCCCAUUCCAACACAGGAUAUCUGCUGUUGGCUGCACUGCAUAUACUCCAAGGAACUCUGCAACAAUUUUAAGCUUUAAGCAUUUUCUUCUUAGGACACUUGUUGAUAAUUUGGCUCAUAACCCAUACACUUGCAUAAAAACUGUUUUAAACUGUGUCAUUGUUAAAUGGCAAAUUUUGGGUUAGAAUUCUGCAGUUAAUUCCUAUCUUUGCAUUCUAGGAGAAUGUGAAUACAAGGUUUCAGAGCUGCUGUAGCAGACUAUACAGUCUUCCUUGAAAUGUGCAGAUGAUGUAUGACAGUAUAUUGCAGAAUUGAGACUUUUUUUUUUUUUUUUUUAUCACUUUUAGUAUCCCUGUAGUUGCACCCUUUUUUUUUUUUUUUUCCUUCUAAUGCAAUCUUUCCCUUCUUUUAAGCUGCCACAGUUUUUACACCAAAAGACAUUCCAGAGCUCUAUAUUUGGGAGCUAAAGCUAUUCAGUUAAACAGUAACAGUGUUCAAGCUUUGCUUCUGAAAGGGGCAGCUCUAAGAAACAUGGGGAGAGUGCAAGAGGCAAUCAUCCACUUUCGAGAAGCAAUCAGGCUAGCUCCCUGCCGCUUGGACUGCUGUGAAGGUAAGUUAUGUCAUAAUAUAAUUUUGUAACUAAAGCAGAAAUUUAAAAAAUUGGAAAUAUUGUAUAUUUUCUCUCUUGAUUUAGAUUAACUGGUUUUGCACAAAAUCUAAAGAUUUUAUGUCUAGAAUUAGAAAAAUGAAUUGUACAAGGACAAAAAUAGUAAUCAUCCCUUAAUCAAUAUCCAAAUGGUCUGAGGGUUUAGCAAGCAUGCUGGGAAAUGCUACAGGUCCAAAAAGAUUAUGGCAACUUAUAUGUAGAUGUUUGGGGCAGUGCAUUGAUUGCAAGGGGGCCAUAGGUUUUUAAAAAUGUCCGGUGUACACUCCUUCGCCACCAGUCUUCCAGUUCUCUUUCUUUCAGGGUAAGGAGCAGCCCUCCUCUUGACCCAUUUCAAGUUAACAAACGCUCAUUGGGCUAGAUGAUUUAUAUAUUUUUUUUAAAUGGUAAGCUUGUUUGGACAGGUCUGUCCCCAUAUGUCAAAUGUGUCUUGUUAGAUUGAAUUGUUCUAGGACAUGUGUGCUAUUAUUUGGUUGCAUUUUAUUUUUAGGACUAUCCUUGCUUCCUUUUAUCAAGAUAAAAGGCACAUGCUAUUUGAUUCUGGACAGCACAGGUUCAGAAAAGCUGGAUUUUAGUUGUUUAGUUAAAAAAAAAAAAAAAAAGUUGUUUUGGUUUUUACUGGAGAAUUUCUUUUUAAAAAAAAAAAAGUCUGUUUAAAAAAAAAAGAAAAGAAAAAGUCUUCUGUAUUUAAUUAGAACCUUACAAUAAUACAUAUUUUAUAGUCUUCGUAUUUCUAAUUCUGCCUUUGCUCAGAGCUGCAGCUGCUCUGCAUAUAUAAUUUUUUCUUUCAUUCAAGUUUGUAAUGCCGUACUCUGUCCCAAUGCCAGUGUACCAGUCUGCCAUGAUGAAAUUGUUCUCUUGUUAACAGUUUGCCUUUGUUCUUGUGUUCCAAGGUCUAAUUGAAUGCUACCUGGCAUCCAAUAGCGUACGGGAAGCCAUGGUGAUGGCCAACAAUGUCUACAAAACCUUAGGAGCCAAUGCACAGACAUUAACUCUGCUGGCAACAGUGUGUCUGGAAGAUCCUGUAACCCAAGAGAAAGCAAAAACCCUUUUAGACAAGGCACUGUUACAAAGACCUGAUUAUAUAAAGGCAGUGGUGAAGAAAUCAGAACUGCUCAGUAAGUUCUUUUGUGUUUUAUGAACUUGGCAGUCAUCUACUGUAAAUGGAAUCUUUCGUUUUCCGUUACUGAAUGUAUUCAAAAUACUGGAUUUUCAUGUUGAGGUUCCUUACUUGGUUUGAGAGAAGCUAAUUUCUAAAUCUUUAUCCAGCUAAUCUACAUCACUGUUUAGGAACGCAUGUAGUCUAUACAGUAUGAACAGUGUGAACAAAAUAUGCAUACUUACUUCCAGAUUACUUCAUCCUUUAAGGUGGCCUUCCCACAACAUGUGUUCGCUGCAUGCAAAGUUGACCUAUACUACAAAUUCUAAGCUCUGUGGGAUGCUGAGGCUGGAUAGGCUAGUGGACAAACAGACAAUAGUGGUGCCAUGUUUGUAGCCGUUCUUUGUAUGUCAGUUGCGUGUUGAUGAAGGCAGGAUAGGAAUAAAAAAACUGGGGGCGGCCAUGAUGGCUGACCAAGUUAGUAGCAUGUGGCUGCAGCUAUAAGCCUAAUCUAUUUAUUUAUUUAUUUAUUUAUUUUAAAAUUUAUUUAUUGUACAGAUCGGUUAAUCUUUCCAUGAAAACCUCUGUCAGUCAGCUCAAACCUAUUUGGUCUUUGUCGGGGGAAAUGUGUGUCUCUGACCUUAGAAUAGACCAAUAAUAUACCAGAACAGAAAUAUUCCACUAAUCUAUAAAACAUGGGGGAAGCACAAUAAAACAUUGCUGUAUGAAAAGCAUUUAAAAAAAAUAAUAAUAAUUUUUAAUGUGACUUGGUGAUUCGUCUUGUUGACAAUUAUAUUCCUCUUUCUAUUUACUAAAUUAUUAGUAUUUAGCAUCUCCUUUUUAAACCCCUCCCACUUUUCUACCCAUAGUCCCGUUUUACACCCUAUAUCCAAUUAGGGUCAUAAUCAUCAUCAUCCUUAAGUGUGACAUAAAGAUUUUUGCUAAAUUUAGAUUUCUUGGUUAUCUACCUCCACCAUUUCUAAUUGCCUUCUUGGACAUUCUCGGGUGCUGUAACAGUAAUCACCUUCCUUAGCCGCCUAGAAAAACAUCCCAUUCAUAUUUCAGUAUGAUAACCAAACAAUCAAUGCAUUUCCCUUCAGAACAGGAAUCUGUACGUAAACUUUAAAGACCUGUCCCCAAAAAUAGUUAAUCUUUAAGCACAGAGACAUUUUUUGUCUCUUAUGAGACACAGUGAUGUUUUUUUUUUGUGUUUCAGGUCGAGAACAGAAGUAUGAUGAAGGUAUUGCCCUUUUGAGGAAUACACUCGCCAACCAAAGUGACUGUGUCUUACAUCGCAUGUUGGGGGAUUUCUUGGUGGCUGUGAAUGAAUUUCAAGAAGCCAUGGAUCAGUAUAGCAUUGCCUUAAGGUACUUUUGCCUUUAACAGAACAUUAUUCACGGGACUUGUGAAGAUGGUUUCUGAUGCUCAUGCUUUAGAAGGACUGUGCAAACAGCAAACUGUAGUUAUGGUGCUUGUAAACGGUUUGACUAGUUACCAGGGCAAACAGUGUCACGAAAACGACUUGACAACAUACUUGGCUGCCAGUCACAGCAUCUCAUGAAACCGUAAGCUUUGCAUCAUGUAGGUCAGUCCUCCACACUGGUCUCCUUAACUCAUUGGUUGCUUGCAUGGGGCCUCUAUUUCCACAACUCCUUUUUUACCAUGAGGGCAGUAAAACUUAAAUGAAGAAAAAGACUAAACCAGACACCAAAACAAUGUAAUAUUGAAAACAUGCUGUGUUGUAACCUCUCUCUGAUUCUAUAUUCAGAAAGUAAGGAUCACUGGAAGAAAAGGAAAUAUCCAGGCACACCUGAGGUUUCUUCUAAAAGGCAGUUUUGUUUUUUGGGUUUUUUAUUAUUUGAAACAAGGAAGUGGAGACAACAUUUUGGCUCCUCUCUGAGCCUUUAUCAAGAGAGGAGCUGAAAUGUUGUCUCCACUUCCUUGUUUGAAAUAAAAAAGACUACCUUUUAGAAGGAAUCCUAGGUGUGCCUGAAUAUUUAUUUUCUUCUAUUUGAUGUCUUCAAGAAUUGGCCCUCCUUCCAUGGAGCUCCCUGCAGAAAGUAUCCCCCCUUUUUUAGUUUGUGCAUUACACUCUUGCAAAGAAAGUAAGGAUUCUUGAUAUUAAAUGAUAAAUUUAAUUUGAGACAUUUUUGUCCUAAAUUAUUGUCUGAAAUGCCAGACUAUGAUUCUAGGGCUCAUUUACAACCUUCAUAGCCACUUUUAAGUUCUUUUUGUUUUGCUUCUGUAGCAACAUAUGCUCUCCGAUAACCAAUAUUCACUUUAUUUCACUAUUUGCAAGCCAGAAAGGUAUUUGGUAUUUGACCUUUACAUUAACAGCCUUUAAAUAGUGUGUAUGAGUGAACUUUAAUCAAUCGAUAUCUUCUAAUGCCUGCUUGUUUUAGCGGUUUCAUUGUUUGUUUUUUUUUUUUCUUAGCUUGGAUCCCAAUGAUCAGAAGUCCUUGGAAGGAAUGCAGAAAAUGGAGAAAGAGGAGAGUCCGACAGAUGCCACUCAGGAAGAAGAUGUGGAUGAUAUGGAAGGAAGUGGAGAAGAAGGAGACCUGGAGGGCAGUGACAGUGAAGCUGCUCAAUGGGCAGAUCAGGAGCAGUGGUUUGGAAUGCAGUGAUUUGGUGGAAAGGAGCAGUGUUCAUUUAUGCCUCCGUUUUCACUGUGAACAAUUUUAGACUUCAAUAAUUCAUGUAUCUUGAACAAGUGUUUACCUUGGGAAUUAUGUGGAGCUAAAUCACGGAAGCUUCAAAAACAGCCUUUUGGAAUAAAGUGCUCUGGCAGUGUUCCAUGUGACGUCUUGUAAAGGGUUUUUUAGAGCACUAUGGUACAGUGCAAUCAGCACACACAUUUGCUGAGAUGCUUUGCUUCCUUGCUGUAAUGAUUGGACAUGCUUUGUAAAGUCAAAUAUUUGGAACAUUUAUCAUUGCAAUAUCCAAAUUACUGUAAAACAAUUUAAAACUUAGACCACUUAUGAGGCUCAUUGGACAAUACAAUUUCAAUAUCUAGAAUUCCAAUAAUUAGACCUGUUUCAGCUAUGUCUUCUACGUCCACAAUAGUGACCUGCUAUCUUGAUGUAGUGUGCUGUGCAGCGGAGGGCACCAUGAUCCACUGCUUGCUCAGCAAGCAGUCGGAUGGCUAAGGAUGAUUAAUUGAGAUUAAUUACUUAAUUGCCCUGUGUAAUGUAACUUACAAUGAAGCAUUUUUAUACACAAACCUAUCAAAACGUUUACCUUUUGUAGAAGCUAAAUAGAUGCACGGAACAUGAAUUCCUCCAACCACACAAACAAAAUGUUUUAAAUGCAUACCUGCCAACCACAAAAAAGCAUCAAUAGACUGAUAUCCGUUUAGAAAGUGCUUGUCUGCACACUUGAUGCAUAUGUGUGUAUUUUUUGUUUUAUCUUAUUAUAACCCUAUAUUAACCAUGUUAAUAGCUUUUUUUGUUUUUUGUUUUUUUGUGUGUGUGUAAAUUCUUACUUUCUUUUCUGUUGUAAAAUGUGUGCGUUCCAUGCAUUUGUUUAAUAUUCAUGUGGUAAAAUAUGAGUUUGUAUACAGUGUAUACAGAAUUUCCUCUGUCAAACCUGUACAAAGAUCAAUUGCAUUUCUAUUGAAUAAAACAAGGACUAUUUUUUUGUGA